UAAAGCAAUGGGAGGGCAAAAAGUUAGUAGCCAUUGACGAUGCCUGCUCCGACUCCAAUUCUCCGUUGGUCCCCCACCUUCCUAAUUCUCCUCCUCAUCCUCCCCGGCGGCCACAACAACGUCGAUGCUACCCACCUUCCCGAAAACACCGCCGCCAGCCACUGCGCCGGCACUCUUUAUCCCUCACUCUGUCUCUCCACACUCCUCUCCAUCCCCAACCUCUCCUCCAAGUCCCUCCCUUCCAUCAUUUCCGCCGCAAUAAACCACACAGCCGACGCCGUCAACGCCUCCCACCGCAACUGCUCCUCCAUUUACCACCGCCUCCGAAACCUUGACCCCCUCCAACACCGCGCCCUCUCUGACUGCCUCGAACUCCUCGACACCUCCCUCGACUUCCUCCACCUCGCUUUCACCGAUCUCCAUCUCACCAACUCCUCCGCUCGCCGCUCCGAGCUCAUCACCGUCCUCUCCGCCUCCAUAACCAACCAGUUCACCUGCCUCGACGGCUUCGCCUCCGUCCCCCAACACCUCACCAACAUCCGCCCUUCCAUUCAACGUUUCCUCAUCCACCUCUACCGCCUUCUCAGCAACAUACUCGCCUUGUCCAGCAAAUUCCUCCCGCCGCCAAAGCGUGCCGUCGAGGCGUUCGAGGGGUACGGACGGAUGAAAGGCGGGUUUCCGGCGUGGCUGACGCUGCAUGAUCGGCGGCUGCUUCAGACCGAAACUCCCGGGAGCUUGGCCGCCAAUUUGGUAGUGGCGAAGGAUGGGAGUGGGAAUUUCACGACGGUGGGGGAGGCGGUGGCGGCGGCCCCCAACAGCAGCACUGCAAGGUUUGUAAUAUACAUAAAAGCAGGGGCAUAUUUUGAAAAUGUGGAGGUGGGGAAGAACAAGAUUAAUCUGAUGUUCGUGGGAGAUGGCAUCGGGAAGACGGUGAUAAAGGCCAGCCGCAAUGUCGUCGACGGCUGGACGACUUUCCGGUCAGCCACCGUCGCUGUGGUGGGAAAAGGGUUUAUCGGGCGUGACCUGACCGUAGAGAACUCCGCCGGCCCCAUCAAACACCAGGCCGUAGCCCUCCGCAUCGGCGCCGAUCUGUCGGCCUUCUACCGGUGCAGCUUCGUGGGGUAUCAAGACACCCUCUACGUCCACUCCCUCCGCCAGUUCUUCUGCGAUUGCGACAUCUACGGCACCGUCGAUUUCAUCUUCGGCAACGCCGCCGUCGUCUUCCAGAACUGCAGUCUCUACGCCCGGAAGCCCAAUCCCAAUCAGAAAAACAUAUUCACCGCGCAGGGCCGAGAAGACCCCAAUCAGAACACCGGCAUUUCGAUCCACGACUGCAAGCUGUCCGCCGCCUCGGAUCUCCUCCCCGUUGUCUCCCAGUUCAAAAAUUACCUCGGCCGGCCGUGGAAGGCAUACUCGAGAACCGUUUACCUGCACUCUUUUCUGGACAGCCUGAUUGAUCCGGCGGGGUGGUUGGAGUGGAACGGCACUUUUGCAUUGGAUACUCUGUAUUAUGGGGAGUACAGGAACAGAGGCCCCGGAGCGAAUACGACGGGGAGGGUGAGGUGGCCGGGUUAUAGAGUCAUUAAUUCUUCGGCGGAGGCUGAUAACUUCACGGUGGCCAAUUUUAUCGACGGAGAUCAGUGGUUGGCUUCUUAUAAUUUGCCCUUCACCCCCGGCUUAAACUAAUUAUUAUUUACUACACCUACCUUCUUCUCUUAGUUUUAUCUUCCUAUAAUAUUUUCAUAUUGCAUCCCCUGCCUAUUUUUAAUUAACUUUAGGAACUUUGAGAUUGCCUAUGCUUUUUGUGCCCUUCUUUCUUGUUCAUCAUGAAAUUUUAACAUGGAGUGCUUAUUGUUGUAGAUUAUAUUAUAAUCUUUUCAUGGGGAUUAAACUUUUAUUUA